UCGCCCAAUCGCAGUACCCGCUGCGUCCGUUCAAAUGUAAUUGAAAAGAAUACGUUGUAAUGUUUAGUUGUCUGCAUUGACAAUGUGAGUGAUCAAUUUUUUUAAAAUUCUACAAAAGAAUGACCGACUACUCAUUGAUUUGCAAGUAAAAGUGCAUUCCGUAUAAAAAAAAAUUACUUGUUUGUUCUGGGAUACUCACGGUGGUGCAAAAAUUUGUUAAGGGUGUCGCUCUUUAUGCUUUCAUGCCGGUGUGUGGAGGUGGUUGCAGUUUACUUUAGCAGGCUAUAUUAUUUAUUUGUUUGAAUUUCUAUUUAUUUUUACUAUUGUUUACGUUGACUUUCCGAAUACACGAGUAUAGCUCGGAAAGUUUCAUUUCCAUCUUGGUCAUAUGUUGGGCUGCUGAAAAAUAGAUUAUAAGGAAUGACAGAUUAUGGCAGACUUAGCUGAUUUUGAUGCUUGGUUAAAAGAGCUUCACUGUCCUGAAUCACACACAUCAGAUCAUGUCAAGAGAAGUUUACACAAAGGCGUACUAGGCUUAAUAUGGGAUGAUUUACCACAAAUUAUACGACCAUUGUCUGAAGUAACUGAAGUUAGAAAAAAUAUUUUACUUUACAAAUUGAAACAUGAACCAAAAGAUCCUCUCAUUCAAUGUGUCAGGAACACAGUUAAUCUCAAAGCAGAAAGAGCAAGGUUCGAUGCUAAAAUAAAAAAUGCAGAAAAAAGAUGGCACAAACAAGAACUUAUCUGCAGGCAGAAAGCCAACUUAUUGGAAAAGAAAAAAGCUGAGAAGAAAUCACACCAGUUGAAAAAAAAUGUUAUCAAAAUUAAGAAUGAACAAAUGUUGGAUCAAAUUCAAGACUGCGCAAAAAUGCAAGAAAUAUGCCAAAAUUUAAUGCCUCCUACAGUAACUGAAAUACCUCAACAAACGAUAAUGGAUUGUCUUUCACUUGUUAGCAACUAUUUUGGAGGGCCUGAAAAGCGCAAAGUUUGGAAUAGGAUUGCAGAAUCUCUGUGUCCUGUUAAAGUACAAGUAUUAUGGAAUGCUUUGCUACAAGCUAGAUCAUAUUAUACAGAUUUUCUUAUUCAUUUGGAUCUAGAAGAAAAUCAAAGUAGUUCAAGUAAACCAAAAUCUAAUAUAGAUGUUGGGAUUGCUAAAAUAUGGAGUGAACAUCUUGACAGUGUAUCAAAACGUUUUAUUUAUAAUGGCAGAAUGAAGAAUAAUGAAGUUAAAACAAUGGAGUAUGUUCAAAAAAUUGAAGAAGUAAUAGAAAAACAACGCCCAGAGUUAAUGGAUUGGUUACCUUUGGCCUUGGAAGUAAAAAAAUUGGAAGUUUUACAAACAGAAUUGCAAAAAGAAUUAGAAAGCACAGAAGAUUUACCCAAGGAUAAUAUGUUAGCAGAUGACGUUCUAGCACAAUUAAUCAUGGAAAUUAAAACUAUGGAUAGUAAAAUUUACGACUGUGUUCAAGAAAUUCAGAAUGCUUUUGGUGUUCUCAAAACCGCUGGCACGGUAAUUUCAAAAACAAGGGAAUCUCUUCACUACGAAAUGGAAAAAUUCCAAUUACUCCAAACAAGGGAGGAAACCAGCAGAUGGUCCGACGUAGAAACCGAAUUAAUGAUUUUCCAUAACGAUGUAGAAAUGGAAGCUCUGCGGAAAAUUAUGUUGAAAGGUGAUAUUGGUUCUUAUAAGCACCUGCGUACGUGCUACAAUCAAGCAACGACGAAGAUUAAAUUUACAAACAGAAGCGACAUAAUAUCAAGUUUUCCUAUGUUACACAUGCCAAUCUAUUAUCUUGUUGAUUUUUAUAAAACUUACAUGGCAAAUAAAACAUUGACCAAACGCAUGAAUGAAGAAAUUACGCCGAUUCAAAGUGAUAGUUGGCAACCAUUAGUUGAAUCACCAACAGUUACUGUAGAUUCAGUGCAAGGACUUUUUGAAUUAUUGCGUUUAGCAAGUGUAGCGAAUGAAAGAACUAAAGAACACAGCGAAGAAUUUGAGCGUGUUUCGAAAGCUUGGUCUAACCAGUCUUUACGUGAAGUAGCUUCCAAACUAUUUAGUGAUAAAACUGUUCACGGAGCCACACUCGACGAGUGGCAGAAACGUUUCGCAGGAAUUGUUUAUGUUUUACAAAAGUCUAACGUAAACGUGGCGUAAUUUAGAUGUUUAUGUGAAUUGUUUUUAACUUAAUAUUAAGGAAAAAUAGAUUAUAACAAUAUGUAUAUAAAUAAGCUAUAGAGAAUGUU